UUAACAAGAUAAAAUAUUCUUUAUGUUGACAAGAUAAAAUAUCUUGUUUUAUGAUUCUAGUCCGCAUUGUACAAUAGAAUAUAUGUAUUAGAAUUAUUGGAAGAAUUGCACAUUGUUUCUGGGAAGACUGUAAUACAGAUAUUUAUUACAACCAAGAGUUUGUGCUAUCAAUAAUCAUACGCGAUUAAAAUGAUCAUUAGAUAUAUUGUAUAUCAUAUUGAAAAAAAAGUGAUUAUAAUUGUACAACAGACAUCAAAAUCACUUUGUAAAUGUCUAACUCCUGAUGUACUUUGUAGUAACAUAUAUAAAACAGACCUACAUUAUUAAUGUUUCCUAUGUGGUAUACUUUGCACAAUUAACAAUAAAAUAAUUUAUUUAUUCAUACCAAAUUACGUACUUAUAUUGUGUUCAAAGUAUAAAAUUACAAAUAUUACUAUGGAGCAAUGCGAAGAGAAUGACAUGUCUAACACAACAAAUGCUGUUAAAGCAGAGAUUUCUCCUAAAACAAAGCAAAAGAAAAAGUCUCUUUGUCGCAUGCUAAUGAAUAAAAAAACCAAAGUUGGAUGUUUGGAGACAUCUCACAAAGAUGGUAAUUCAAACAAAAAUUCUAAAAUGGAAAAUUCACAACAUGGAUCUCAUACUAGUACAAAACUUUCAUUGUGCUGUGCAAUGACCGAACGCAGCAGGACACCACCGCAAAGUUUGACCGUCAGUAGAUUAUCCCCAACCACAUUAAGUCGUACAUCCGUCAAAUCUGAAGUAGCUUCUGUUAAUGGAAAUUGUCAAACCAAUGUAUUAGUGGAAAAGGAAGAAAUCUACACGUCAAGUGGUGCACGUAAUGCUCAAGAAAAUAUGGAAAAGAAUAGUAUUUUUGUAGAGAAAGAACAACAACAAAGUACUUUUGUUGAAGACUUAACAGAAGAUUUAUUUGAGGAAUCAUCAGAAGAUGAGAAUGAACUUCUGAUUGAUUAUGAAAAAAAUGAAAAAAAUGUCAAGGAUGAAUAUUUUACAAAAGGAAAAUAUAUCUCUUAUUUCUUCUUGGAAAUGGAACGGCAGUUUUACAAUCCUCAUGACGUUUAUAGUAUGGUUCAGUACCAUGAAUCUAAUACUGAAAAACCAGGAAAAGAAGGUGAAAAUUCAUCUUCUGGAUCUACUUCACCAAGUGUUCCUGCAUACUUAAGGCAAAGACUAAUUCACAGACGGUCUGUGGAUAAUUUAGUAGCAAAUUCGCCAACUAAUUCUAUGCGACAUUCAAGUCCAGAGUCUAUAAAAAGUGCACCUGUUCAACUUAAACCUCGUUCUACGUCUCAUGAUGCUUUGUCAAAAAAGAAAGAACGUCAUCGAUCUCAAACAACUGGAACAUCUAUGGACAGUUUAGCAAAACAGGCAUUAUUAGCUGCUCAAGUUCUUAAUUUAAUUCCUACACAAAAAGCACGAGAAAGAAAUUUUCUUCAUGGAAGGAUUGCUGCAAAUUCAUUGCUCGGGCCAGUAGAACUUGAGAAAGUAUUACCAAAUCGUGAACUGAAAAUUUUUGUUGGUACAUGGAACAUGAAUGGGCAAAGUCCACCAAAAGAAUUAAAUGAUUUUAUGUUACCUUCAGAUAUAGAAACUGUUCCAGACUUAUUAGCAAUUGGAACACAAGAAUCAUGUUCUGAACGAAACGAAUGGGAAGCAGCAUUACAAGAAACUCUUGGUCCUUCCCACGUACUAUUGUUCAGUACUGGUUUAGGGACAUUGCAUCUUGCUCUGUUUUUAAGGAGAGAUUUAAUUUGGUUCUGUUCUAUUGCCGAAGAUGCUAAUUUUUCAACUAGAACAGGAACUGCGUUUAGAACAAAAGGAGCAGUUGCCAUAGCAUUAAUGUUAUUUGGCACAAGUUUUCUCUUUGUUACAGCACAUUUAACUGCGCACCAAGAUAAAGUUAAAGAACGAGUAAAUGAUAUUAAAAGAAUAGUUAGAAAUCUUGAUCUUCCUAAAGAUUUACCUACAAGACAUAAAAGCAAAGAUGUAACUCAAAACUUUGAUUGCGUGUUCUGGUGUGGUGAUUUAAAUUUUCGUCUAGCUCAGCCAAGGGAAGAAGUUAUCCAAUGGGUUACAGAUACAUGUUUUCCUCAACAGUCACCAAUAAAUUUACAUAAAGACCAAUUACGAACAAUUCUUAACGAAGGAGCCGUUUUACGUGGAUUUGAAGAGGCAUCAAUUAUGUUUCCUCCUACUUAUAAAUAUGAUCCAGGAACACAAAAUUUUGAUUCAAGUAGUAAACAGCGCACACCCGCAUACACCGACAGGAUUCUCUUUAAGGGAAAAGGACAUUCAAGAGGAUACAUUCGAAGAGUUAGUCAUGAAAGUACUAAUUCACAUAAAGAUGGAAUUAUAGAAUGUCUGGUAUAUGAUUCUGUUCCAAGCAUUUGUACUUCAGACCACAAACCUGUGUGGGGUGUUUUUAAAACAACCAUAAGGCCUGGCAUUGAUACAAUUCCUCUUGGUGGUGGUUUGUUUAACCGCGAGAUAUAUUUGGAAGGUAUAAAGAGACGAGCAGCUGCUAUGGAUGAAUCCCAUGGGACUUCGAAAGUAUGUUCAAUUCAAUAAACGUAGAUAUAAAUUUCGUCGGUGAAAAAAAUGUCACAUUGUCAAGUUUGUAUAACACGAGUAUUAUAUAUUUAUUUGUCCUAAUUUUUUAAUGCCAGAACGUGAGAACAUAGCUAUUGCAAUUCUCACAACCAAUAUCACUUCUUUUUUGUAUACUCUCUAUACAUAUAUAAAACAUUUAUAACUGUUCAUAACUUUUUUACACAAAUAACAAAUACCGUUUUUCUAGUGCUGUUUAUAUAGCAUGUUAUUGUAUAAUAUGCACUUUGUAAUAUCUAGUCAAGAUAAAGAUCUAUGUAAACUGUUUAUUCAUGAAAUUAGGAACUACAGUAGUAGGGUAUAAUAGUUAGGUGUACAUGUUGAAAUGAAAAGACGCUGACUUCUUUUGACACUUAAAACAUAUACAAAAGUUUGAAUUGUACUCUAGAAGACAUUGAAUCUGUUGUGAGGUCAUGGCGCAUAUGUAGCGUUAGGCUUCCGAUUGGUGGAAGUACACUGAAAACAUCACGUUCUACCACUUGGGAGUCACCAAUGUCAUUCCAGCAAUUGGAAAAUUUUACGCCCUGCGACAGAUUCAAUGUUUCCGUGUGUAUAUACCUACUGCU